AUGGCGCACGCUCCGAAAUCUACUGCUCUGGCCACCAAGGCGACAGAGACUACCGUCGCGAAAUCAGAUUCGAAGUCGCCUUAUCAGCUCGAUUCCGCACAGACGCUCCGCGCUUCGACUGCUCUUCUCAAGAAAAUCCAGAAAGACGAGGAAGCGAAGACGUCGACGGCCGAGAAGACAAAUCUUCUCGCAGACGUCGAUGACGAGGAGCCGGAGGACGAGACACCCAUAUGGCUCAUCCUUACCACCAAAAAGCACAUUGUCGACAAGAAGCGCUUAAAGCCUGGAAAGAUCGUACUUCCGAAUCCUUGGCUGGGGAAGGACAAGGAGGGACUGAGAAUCUGUCUGAUCGCCGCGGAUCCGCAGAGAAGAUACAAGGAGCUCAUCGCCCAGCCUGGUUUCCCGCUGGAUCUGGCGGGCAAGAUCGGAAGGGUGAUCGGGAUGGAGAAAUUGAAGAGCAAGUACAAGAGCUAUGAGAGUCGGAGACAACUUCUCGGCGAGUAUGACGUCUUUCUCGCGGAUGACAGAGUGAUCACAUACUUGCCCAAGGUUCUGGGCAAGGUGUUCUAUAAGGGAGGCAGCAAGAGGCCUGUCCCUGUCAAUCUGGAAGGGAAGAAGCAGAAUUUCGACGAGACGGCUGGGGAGAAGAGGAAGAAGCUGAGUGAAGGCGGGACAAAGGUCCACAAAGAAGACGUGAAGCCCGAGGUCGUAGCGAGGGAAAUUGAGAGGGCUCUGGGGAGUGCACUGGUUCACCUGGCUCCGAGCACGACUACAGCUAUCAAGGUGGGCACUGCGAGACAGAGUCCGGAGGAGUUGCAAGCGAAUGUUGAAGCAGUGGCAGAGGCGAUGGUAGAGAGAUACGUGCCGCAGAAGUGGAGGAACCUAAGAGCGGUGCAUAUCAAAGGUCCCGAGACAGCUGCUCUGCCUAUCUGGAUGACCGACGAGCUUUGGGCGGACGAACAGGACGUGCUCGAGGAAGCCCCGAAGGCGAAUGAAGGCAAGAAGCGGAAGCACGGCGCUUUGACGGAGGGCAGCACGGAAGAGGUCAUCGAGGUACCAGGACCUGAUGGCAAAAUGCGACGACUCGAGAAGCCCAUUUCAAAGCGAAAGAGCAUAGAAGCCGAGGUCAGCGUCCCUAUCAAGAAGCGGAAGAGUGAGUCUGCCGAGGACUUGGAAGCUAAGGAGAAUGAGAAGGCCGAGAAGGCCGCUCGCAAGGAAGCGCUGAAGAAGCAGAAAGAGGCUGCCAGAGCGGAUACUACUGCUGCAGCCUCAGAGACGAAGAAGUCUGGAAAGAAAGUCAAGGCUUGA